AAACCAUGGUGAGCAAGGAAAACAGCAAGGUCGUGCUAUCCAACUCAGAGUCAGAUUCAGAGGCAGGCCCGUCACAAAGCCUGGAGACGCAGUACGGUCCUGACGGCAAACAGCAGGUGAAGAAGAGGAACAAAGCCUUACAAGUCCGCUUCAAGGACAUAUGUGACGCCCAAAAGGAGCAGCAGGCAGGGGGGCGAGGAGCCAGGUCCAUUUCCUGUAAAGUGGCAUACAGGAAGUACAUGACGAUGCCUGCGCGGCGCUCCAUCCCCAAUGUGACUAAGAGCACAGGUGUCCAGACGUCACCGGACCUUACGAAACACUACCAGACUUUCCCCUUCGAGCGAAAGAAAGGACACACGAUCAAACACACUGCCUUGGUGGAGGAGUACAAGGGCCAAAACAACGGGUUUUUGAGUGACUUGAAAGGGCAGGAGGAGGCGCUAAGUUUAGAGGAGUGCUCGUCCUCUCAGGGUGCAGGGAAGCAUGUGCGGCAGACGCAAGCACUGCUCCACCACACGGACGACAGCAGUGGCACAGAGGAUCUGUUAUCCAUUGCCAACUGUGUAGACGGGCGUGCGUGCCCGGACUCCUCUAGACUCACAAAGGACACAGAGUGCUUUGCAAACGACCCAACUCCCAGGGGAGAGCCAGAGAACCUUGCCUGUGGCGCGAAAACCAAACACAAAGGAUUAUCCAAAGCGGACGCAACUGGUGCCAACCCUUCUGCCAAGCGCCAGCUGGCCAACUGCGAAGAACCCUUACAGGACACAAGGUCAAAGGUCACAAGUCCCGUUGCCUGGAACUCCCUGACGCAAGUGGAGGGUCUAGGCCUAGGGAGUCCAUUGGUGUGCUGCAAACGCAAAAAGGCCAUGCAGCCCAAUGGACAACAGUCCCAGACACUGCCCCACCCCCACAGUGCUGGCUGCUCUGUAGCUAAGGUAAAGGCACAUCAGUGCCGAUCAGGGACUUUACCAGCCCCAAUGAAACCCCAACCGGGCCUGGAGGGCCAGGCUUGCCCCCCAGGACGGCAGGGUGCCUGCAAGGAGAUAGUGCCCUUAGCUGGGAACGGGGAUAUUAAAGAAAAGCUCCAGGCCAUGGAAAACCUCAUCAGCUCCAGUCAGGAGACCAUCAAAGUCUUACUGGGGGUCAUCCAAGAGCUGGAGAAGGGUGAGGCUCAGAGAGAAGGGUGAGUGGAACUCAUUUAUAUCAACCAGGCAUCAUAUAGAAUUGCCAGUACAUUUACGUCAUUUAGCAGAUGCUCUUAUCCAGAGAAACUUACAGGAGCAAUUAGGGUUAAUUGCUUUUCUCAAGGUCACAACAACAGAUUUUUCACCUAGUCGCCACAGGAAUUUGAACCAGUGACAUUUCAGCGACCUUUCGGUUGCUGGCCCAACACUCUUAACUACUAGGCUACUUGCCGCCCGGCAUAACUGACCUACUCAAGUAAAACAUACAUUUCUGUGUGUGGUUCAAUCUUCACUGAGGUUUGAUGUUCUUGCUAGUUCUGCAGCCCUUGAAACUGCUGUGGUCUACAGAAUGUGUAAGCUAAAUCAAGCAUUGAAUACAAACAUCAUGGCUGCCUGUGUCAUUUAAUUCCAAUAGCAAGGAAGUAAGUGGUCUCUGAUUGUACUGUAGAUACUGUACUGUUCUGUGUAUUUGCUCAGGGGUACAGAGAAACUAACAAGUGCAUAACAUUUCUGAGCCAUGUCCAAUAGGCCACACCUCUACAGCAAUAGACUGAACGUACAAGGCUGUCUGCUUUGCUCCCUAAAACCCGGAGCGGCACAAAGCUAAUUGUAUUAAGCCUUCUCCAAAGCCACCGGACUCCCCUGACGUUGCUCCCUGAAACCUGGUUUAAAAGUACCAAUUAGCAGCGACUCAUAAAGCACUGGCUUUCAUCUGGCUUUCAAGUGUGUGGCUCAUAUGGCACCUUCAAUAUGUUUCAUCACUAUUAUUAGAGCCUGCUACUCACCAUGAGGCCCCAGCAUCUCAACUCCCUCCCCACCGUGUCUCUCUCUCCCUGCCAAGCCACUCUAACUCCCUCACCACCUUCUCUCUCCCUGCCAAGCCACUCUAAAGCUGUCUGUCUUCAAAGUGAUGAUCCCAGACUACUGGUGGAACAGAAUAGUGUCUGAAAGCCCCUCUUAUUCUCACCGGGAUUUUGGCAUCAUGUGGGUGGGUUUUUCAGGAAAAGCUCUGCUUCUAGUGCACACAGUGAUGUGUUGACGAGAGGUUUCAGUGCUGUUCCCAGUAGACCAAGGACUGAGACAGGCACAUUUAUAACACACUGUGUUGAGCAGUGGUUACUUGGUUUACAGAUGUUUGCAGGACCUUAUCAAUGACGCUCAUUCCCAUUUCUAUUGGCUUUAUUUAUGCUCACAAAAUCAAUCAAUGUGAGGUGAAUGAUUAGUGUUGCACAAGCCUCUCUUUCAUCCCUGUGCUAAACUACUAUCACAUUCUGAGGGUCAUCACUGGUCCAACACUCCUGCUGGUUUCAAAGUCUCAGGAUGAUUUGCUUACAGUUCCUACCAAUCAGGUUAGGGACUGAAUCCUAUCGUGCUAACGUACAGGAUUAUCCAACCUGACCCUACUGUAUCUGUUGUUGAUAGGCUAUCAAUAGAGCAUAGAGCGAAUUCCAUUCGGCCAGGAGGUCAGUGGUAUAGGGACAGUGAGGACAUCUCUACGGAGAGCUGACGUGUGCAAAUAACACCGGAGUGAGCCUGUGCCAACAAAUAACACCGGAGUGAGCCUGUGCCAACAAAUAACACUGGAGUGAGCCUGUGCCAACAAAUAACACCGGAGUGAGCCUGUGCCAACAAAUAACACUGGAGUGAGCCUGUGCCAACAAAUAACACUGGAGUGAGCCUGUGCCAACAAAUAACACCGGAGUGAGCCUGUGCCAACAAAUAACACUGGAGUGAGCCUGUGCCAACAAAUAACACUGGAGUGAGCCUGUGCCAACAAAUAACACCGGAGUGAGCCUGUGCCAACAAAUAACACCGGAGUGAGCCUGUGCCAACAAACAGUGGCACAGCUUAAAGAUUACUUAUAGUGUCAGAGCUUAGAGAAUUACUUUCCGACACAGCGUCCACACAUAAAGUAAUCUGGCCUAGCAGAAUAGAACAUUGGUACAUUGCUAGAUUAAUUGAAAAUACAGUUCAGUAAAUACAAUUGUCGUUUAGAUGGUGUAUUACAGUACAUGGAGGUUGUGCUAGAAAUGUGAUGACCUUGAUUAUGAUUGUACCACUUAAUAUCUCAACAAAAAAACUCCCUUCUGUUUGGUGACUCUAUUGACCUUUUUUUUCCAACGAUUUGAUAUAUCAAAGGAGUUAUUGUGUAUUCAGGCCCUCAACUCCACAGUCAACAGCAACCACCUCUAAGGUGAAAUGGACAGAUGAACUUGGUGACCUUGCAUUCCCAUCAGCACUUUCGAUCUAUCCAAGGCAGAUAAGGUCACCCUUAUGACAUGGUGAGCAGCAGGGUUCAACCUCUCUAGUUUUCAUCCAUCAGCUCCCACUGACAAUAGGCAAUUACAUGUCCUAGUGGACCCGCUUGCCCCUUCCGCUUUCCAAUUGACCACUCUCUACACACCCUCAGAUCAAAAUGAAUGAGAAAUCCCAUCGCUACCACCAACGUACGCAACAUGAUGGAUGGUGACUGUUACUUCUGGGAGAGUCCUGAAGAGAUUGAUACAGAUGCCAUCAAAUCUCCAUGCAUGUUCAGUUCACACUUAUGUCUGCUCAAGUUUGCCUCCGAGAUGCCUCAGGAGCAAAACAUACGUAGAUUUGUGCCGAAGAUGGAGGAGGCAUUGCAAUCUAAGUAAUGACAGGACAAUACAGGGCGGACACUGGGCUUUAGGGCUCUUUGAAAUGCCAUACAGAACACAGACAUCAUUUGUCAUGUUGAUUGUCUUUUGCUUCCCUAAGUCUCAUUAUUUUCUGAGAACGUUGAGUUGGAGGGAGAUCGAGUAUAUUGACUUUUCUGUAGUAUUCAUAAACAUGAUUAAUAAUGCAUUUUGUUUUGUCAGAAAGUUGACAAAAACCAUUUGUAUACUGUGUCAUAAGGAAAGAGAUGAGCAUAUUAUAUCAAGUGAGCAUGUCUAUUCUCUGACCAACCUAAUCUCACAGAAGACUGUACCAUUCAUAACACAAAUCCAUAUCGGUUUGAAAAAUAGAGCAUGUAAAUUAAAAUAAUGCAAGCCAAAUGAGCCAUGAAAAUCUUCCAAUCUCUCACCACUCCCCAGGCUUUCCUACCGAACGGGACAGGACACAGCCAACUGUGACACGUGUCGAAACAGUGCCUGCAUCAUUUAUAGGUGAGUACCUUAACAUUGUUAACAGCUUGAAAGGUCCCUUACGCCUGCUUUGGCAUAACAUACUGAUGGCAUGAGACAAAAGAUCCCUUACGGAAAAACCACAGGAAUUUUACGUGAACACGUGAAGUGUUCCAAAAACACGUUUUCAUUCGGUGUCUCUGUAAGGUGUGCUUUAUGUGUGAGGUGAUAUACUAUAAAGCGACAAACCAAGUGCUAAUAGUCAAUUGAAUAUAAUGCAUUUUUACUGUAGGCCUUUCAAUGUUUUUCAUAUAGCAAUCAAUGCCUUUUCCGGUAAUGAGUAGAAUGGAAUACUUUACUGGAUAUUAUUCUUCUCACUGCAAGAUUAAGGGCAUAGCUCAGUUGUGAUACAAUAAUGACAAUUGAUUGAAUACUUCUGUCAGAGUGAUAUAAAUGAAUUGAGCACCAUACAUCUGAAUCUGAGGUGGAAAUAGAUACUAUGAAAUGGUGUGAUUGAGAUCAAUGAUAAAUUCACUGAAGGAGAAGAGAACACUCCUAUAUGGGCCAGAUCAAUGAUGAAAAUAAACGUUUGAUAUCCUAUUACAAUGAUGCAUAGACGUCCUCAACUCUAAUUUCAGACUCUGGUAAUAAAUACAGAAUAUAGUCACUGUAGAAAGGAAUUAACACAUAAGCCGAAUUGGAAGCAGCAAAUUGAGUUGAAUUUCUAGACACAGGUGGUGCAAAUAUAACGUUGUUAUUGUAGAAGGUAAUAAAAUAAAUAAAGACAAAUCUCUCCAGCACAAUUGCAAAGCACUGUGGGUGAAGCAUACCUCCUGAGGGAAUAAGUAAUCAUACACAACAGGGGGAAAUGAAUUAGCCCAGAGAGGAAAUGCAAUUGGGGCUCGUACAGUAUGAGAGCAGCUGGGAACUGGACACGAUAUCCUGACAGAGAGUCCCCUUUCAAAGUACCUUAUGAAUAACUGCUGCAGUGAUGGACGCUAAAAGCCAUGGAAACUUGACUCAACUUCUGAGUCCACUUCACUGGUCCAGAAGUAGAUGACUAACAAUUCAAUUUUGAUAAACACCCACCACCCAACUGUCUCACUUGGGUAAACACUCGCAGAUGUUCUGACUUCUCCACUCGUCUGAGAGACAUAAACAACCCUCAGGCAGGUUGCAAAAUCCACUCACACUGUGACUCCAUUCAGAGACAAGAAUAAAAACAUCCAUCUUAGAGAUCAACGUCAAUUCAAACAAUAUACAGUAUUGCAGAACAUACUGUAGCAUACCAUCUGAAUAGUACUGAGCGUCCAAAGUCUGGCAAGAUCAAGAUGUUAGUCGUUGUUGUACCCUAGUGUGCUUGCAAACACCUUCCAUUGUGUUCUGCUUCUUCAGCUGUACGGCCUGUUCCAGCCUUGCAGGCAGAGAAAGACUCACAGGGGACAACUUCAGAUAGCAGGGUUUGUGAGGUCACUGAGUUGCAAAUAAACACCAGAACAAGCACUACUGCAGCAGAGUUCUACAUUUAAAAAGUGAACCAAUUUCUAAAAAUACAAGUCUUCUCAUGUUCAUUUUUUGCACUCAUUAUCGUCGUCUUAGUAAACAACUCAUGCAUAAGUACAUCUGCUUUACUCAAUGACAAAACAGCAUACAUUUGUAUAUUUUGACUGAGGGGACAUCUAACUUUGACCAACAACCUCACUCUAGUCUCCAAUUAGUAGAUGUUAAUCUCCAUCUUCACCUAAUCAAUUCCUUGUCAAUCAAUGUUCUCAUCCAAUCAAAGCCUAUUUUUUUGUUCAUCCCUGGGGUGUUAAUCAUUAGUCCAAACAGUUGCAACCAGUUGUGUUUUGCAAUGAAAACAAGAGUUUCUAUUGGGCAAAUUCAGGUAGGUCCCUCCCUGUUUCGUUCCGUUCGCUUCAGUUUAAGAAACGUUUUGCAACAGGAGUAAUAAAUACACCACUGUUCUCUUGUGACAUGUAUAAAGAAUGCAUAAUUUAACAGCCAUGGUGUCAGAUUGAAGGAACUGACAUGCAGGAAUCAUUAAUGUAAUUAUGUGUUAUUUCCUGCAACAUAGUCUCAUGAGAAAUAUGUUACAUUUUCUCAAGCAAUGAUCUAUGAUCUGAGAUAACUCAUGUCACAAAGCACAUUUGCUAGUACAGUAUCUAAUUGAAGACCAGUAUGGCAUGAAAGAGGAUUUCAAAUGAUUCAAUUCAUACCCCGAAUUCUGCUAUGAGUCACAUUGCUUAGUAUUGUUGUCUUCCGGAUUUACAACCCAUGUAAUGUAAUUAGUGUAUGUAUGAGCUGUUGUGUGCUAACAAAGUGAUUACGGUAGUUGAUGUGUCGGAAUGAUUAAACUAGAAUGCUCCUUCUUGUUUGUGAUGCUAUAUGCAUUUGGUGUGAUAUGAUUACAGGAUUGCAUUAAUUAAACACAGUUCCCAUGCAUGUCAUAACAGGCUAAAACUAAACAGAUAAAUAAUAAAGCAUAGGUCUGAGAGCCAGACUAAAAUAGAAGUAUUUACGUUGGUAAUAUGUGUGUGGGUAGCCUAAUGUCCUUUGGGUAUGUGGAGUGUAUGUACUAAAAAAAGAUGUCUUGAAAAACACUUGUAAUUCCCAGAUUACUACUGAAUAAGCCGCGACAUGUUCCUUUUUCAUGUCCAUUCUCAUCAUCAUCCAAGAGGGCCUUAAUAUGUACACAUUUGCUGCUUUAUUCAUGGACCUUGGUUAGCGAUAUGUAAAGAUCAAAUCAAAUCAAAUUGUAUUGGUCACAUACACAUAUUUAGCAGAUGUUAUUGCAGGUGUAGGCGAAAUGCUUGAAUUAUGAAUGGCUUUGCUUCAGUUGAUUGCAAUCGAGAUCCUGAAGUGGUGCUUGAUACUUAUUUAAGUUACAGGGUCACAUGGAAGGAAGCAGAUAACAUACUGUUUACUAACUGCAGAUGCAUUACAGUACAUUACAUCAUGAACACUAUAGGGUCAGAGAUUCAUACAGUAUCCUGUACAGAGGCAAACAAACACUAAACUACAAAGUAUACAGCCAGGAAGCAUAAUGGGCACAGAACGAAAACUGUUCUGAUAGAGACAGAAAGAUGAAGUAGUAAACAUGUUGUCCCACACGAAUGAUGUAGCCAAUUGAGAUUUUGUGUGUGACUAACACAUUUCAGUUAAUUACUAUAGCUCCUGCCUUGGGCCAAUCAGUGUAAUUUUGUAAAUGCCGGAUCUCUACGGCAAAACGCAUCAUUCACCUUAGUUCUUCAAAAUCGUCCCAGUGCUGUCUGAGAUAUCGCGUGUGACUAACGUACCAACUAACGUAUGAACGUACGAACGAACGUACGAACGGAUGGCGAUAGAUCCACAGUCCACUCCCCAAUUUCCUCUUGGGGGACAAUUAUAACGCUCUUUAUCAAUGCACUGAUCACAGAGAGACAACAGCUUCACAAAGACCCAGGUCAAGAAUGCAUGAUCAUUCUGUUCAAAACUUGAGAUAAGCAAUAGAAGGCUCUCAACAAUCCCUAACAAGGGAAAUACGUUUUCCACUGAAAGUGCCAGGAUGUAACCUUUCUAAACAAAGGCGUUCCAUGAAAAGUCGAUACAAAUGAUCAAUUUUGUUAUUAGAAGAAGGCCUGUGGAACGUGUACGAAGGAAAUUAUUAUAAUUCCAUCUGUGGUCAACAGAUUUUUCAGCUCAUCGUUCCUAAAUUGUGCAUCUCUGCAUUUCUUUUUUUACUGCCCUUGAAUAGGACUUAACAGCGAUUGGCAAGCAAGACGACAAUCUAUCAAGUGCUGUCUGUCUCUGCCAAAGCAAACGGCAGUAAAUAUAUCCCAAAACUUUGCAAAUAGCUUUAGUUAAUUUUUUUCUCUACCAUAUCUCCUUCCUCGAUCUUGCUUAUUUACAGACUGGAUCGAGUGAUGUGUCACACCGAAGAUAUUUAUCAAAGUCUACCAGGUGAACGAUGAGUGUUUACGCUUUUUCUUAUAGCAUGCAUUCUAUCUACAGUAUAUCACGUUUUACAGUGUAUAUAUUUAACCAGUCCUUUUUUGCAAUUCUUUCUUUUCAGAGAUUGUUGUCGAUGUCUUGAACUGUUACGUUAUGACCAUGGCUUUCAGUGCUAGCUAUGUUGAUAAAACUAGAUAUCUGACAUAAACUUGAACUUGAACAUACAGUAGAGUAUAUUCUACAGGUUUGUUUGAGUACACCAUUCUUUGUCAUGACAGGUCUAUUUCUGCCAGGGCCUGUGGUGGUGACUCAAAGUGCUCAUAGGGCAGCAAUAAUCAUCUUGCUGGGCACACCACUCAGCCCUUCCACUUAAUGAGCUGGCCUGGGUACAGUGAGCAGAAUUAAAAAGAGCCAAGAACAAAAAGAAUCUGAACCAAAAGGCCAAUUAUUCCUCAGACUUGGACAGUAACUACUCAUUGCCAAGAUUAGCAGCCGUGGCGAUGUGGCCUCUAAUUCCAAAUAGCAAGUCAGUACCCAUAUGGCUAAUAGAUCCAGGACUUGGGCUCCUGCCGGUGCUCAGUUGAGCUGAGGUAGUCAAUAUACAAGCCCUACCCAGAAUUCAACACACGACCAACACUCCCAGCCCCCUCCCCCUUGUAUACUGCAGCAUCCCAUGCAUCACUGCUACUGAUACAAAUAGUACACAAACAGAGCAGAGAGAGGGAGAGGAGGAGAUGAGAAAGAAAGAGAGGGAGAUGGGAGGGAGAGAGAAGGAGGAAGAGGGAUGGAGAGAGAGAGCGAAAGAGAGGGCGAUGGGAGGGAGAGAGAGAAGGAGGAGGGAUGGAGAGAGAGAAAGAGAGGGAGAUGGGAGGGAGAGAGAGAGAGAAGGAGGAGGGAUGGAGAUGAGAGAGAAAGAGAGAUGGGAGGGAGAGAGAGAAGGAGGAGGGAUGGAGAUGAGAGAGAGGGCAUAAAUGCCCCACUGCUGUAGUCACAUCACAUCCCAUUGAAAAGCAGGCUGGGGAAACAAAUGAAAAAAAUGCAUCUGACCGCAGAAAAGCAGUCUAAGCGGGCCCCUGAGAAAACAGUGGACGUAGAGAUAGAUUAUGGCCCAGUGUUUCUAGCUUCUGCUCCUUGCAGUUCCCAUGCUAAUGUCCUUCUGGAGCUUAUACCACUUAGUCUGGCUCUGCAGUAACAUCAACAGUAAACAGUGUGGGGUCUUUGCCCAUAUCCUAUACCAAGAGAGCACAAAGGCGUAGCCUGCUUUCUAAUGCACACCCAUACUGAAUGGGUGAUUAUUCAGUGUUCAUAAUGUCUAAUAGGUACAAGAAUAAGAUUACAAAAAGGAGAGGGUUGAAUCUUGUUUGCACAGAUGUUUUAUUACAUUUGAGGCUAAUAAUGCCUUUACAAAUCAGUACUAAUACAGUUCCUGGUUGUGUAAGUUGGGUUUAAUGAAGAUGUCAUUCAAUUACCGUACUCUUAAGAGCAAGUAGCUAAUUAGUUUAGCUCUUAUAACCCCAUUCUGUUAAUGGAGAAGCAGUUGUUUCAUUGGUGUUGAGAGAGCUUGGAGUAUCGAUGUGUUCAUUAAAGUACAUGUCUGUCAGUCUGUGUGUGGACAUGACUGUGCUAUUGUAAGGCAGUCAACCAUUAAAUAGAGCUGGACCUUAGUUGGCUUUUUAACAAUAAAGGCACUCUAUCAAAAUGGCCCCUCAUCAGUCAAAGGGAAAUAUGCUCAAUGGUUUCAAGUCAUUUGUACUCUGGUGAAUUAAAUCAAUAAACCAAUUGAAGUACUGGAUGGCAAGUACAAUUUGUUGAAUAUGUUUGGGGAACACAUUAGGCCUAUACCAUACAUGUAGGUAGCCCAGAAGGAGAGACAGAUAGGGAACAUUGUACAAUAAUAUCCUGGAAGUGAUAUGAGAAGGGGAGAAAAUAUCAAGAGCAUUUGCAUCUUCAUUUAGCAGAAGCUCAAUCUUGAAUAAAAAUCUAACAUACAGUAAUGGUAAAGUAAUGUGGUGGCAAACCAACAUCAUUACAGAAGUAGAAACAAACCAGCGAAGGGAGACAGUGAGAGGAUAUAGGAGACAACAUCCACCAACACCUCCCACCCAUAAAGAACAAUCAUUAAACAGUGUUCACUCCAGCUAAACAAUCAGGCACCAGUGAUCACAGACACAGCUAUUCCCAGACCGUAGCUUAACAGAUAAUUAAUCUUCUUGUGAAUGGUUGAAAAUGAUACACCCCACCUUUAGCCGUCCCAAUCUGUUGGCGAUGAGAUGAUCUGAGAUCUGUGGUCUUUGUUAACUCAGUCACCUGCUCCCCAGGACCACCCACACAGUACAGUGUGCCUCAGGCUCCCUGCAGAGCCAAUUGUCCACAGCAUACAGUAAUUGCAGCUCUCUGCCAAGUGAUUAAUUGCUUAAUAAGUGCCAAGACCAUUCCAUAGUGUGCUGCGCUGUUGUCUUUUGUGCUGUUCUCUAGCGAAAGCUUGGCAUCAACAAGAGCCCAGAGAUGGUGAACUUUUAGAAUUGCUCUAAAAAUACAGGGAAAUAAGGUCACUUCUUCUGUAAAUAUACAAAGCGUGCAACUCGUUUCAAAAGUUGUGGCAAUUCAGUCUUGAUGGAAAUAAGAAGCUGGUCUUUGGUCAUUGUGUGUCGCUAUUGAGCAAUGUGAAACAAAAUAAAAUUGUCACAUGCGCUGAGUACAACGGGUAUAGACUUUACUGUGAAAUGCAUGCUUACGAGCCCUUCCCAACAAUGCAGUUAAAAAAUUAUGAUAAAAAGAAAACUUGUAACACAAGAGGAAUAAAAUACACAAGAAUGGAGCUACAGCAUAUACAGAGAGUACCAGUACCAGAUCAAUGUGCAGAGGUAUGAGGUAUUUGAGGUAGAUAUGUACAUAAAGGCAAAGUAAAGUGACUAGGCAUCAGGAUAGAUAAUAAUAAGAGUAAAAUAAAGAACAGAGUAGCAGCAGCAAAUUAUGUGUAAAAGUGUGUGUUUAUGCGUGUGUAUGUGUGUUUGUGUUGAGUUGGUAUGCGUGUGUAUGUUAUGUGUGUGCGUAUGUGCGUAUGUGUGUGGGUUUUGUGUGAGAGUGUCAGUGUAGUGUGUGUCAGUGAGUGUGUAUACUGUAUAGUGGGCAGUGUAUUUGCCAUAACAAGCAGUGAUGCAGCCAGUUAAGGUGCUAAGCGGACAUAAGGAAUUGUUUUAAGAUUGUCAUACUAUGGCUUAUUUAGAUAUUUGAUUUUGAAUUUUAAUAAUCAAAAUUUGAUAAAAUAUUGAUUUAGGCUUUUACUACGCUUAACCCGGAAGCCAGCUGCACCAAUGUGUCAGAGGAAACACCGUCCAACUGGCGACUGAAGUCAGCUUGCAGGCGCCCGACCUGCCACAAGUAGUCGCUAGAGCGCGAUGGGACAAGGAAAUCCCAGCCGGCAAAACCUAACCCGGACGACGCUGGGCUGAUUGUGCGCUGCCUCAUGGGUCUCCCAGUCACAGCCGGCUGUGACACAGCCUGGGAUCGAACCCAGGUCUGUAGUGAUGCCUUAGACCGCUGCGCCACUCGGGAGGCCUUUAUUUUAUUAUUUUUGUACACAUAUUUUCAACACAUUUUGGGGUAGGCACAGAACUACCUUCAUACUUCCAUUCGUUUUUUAAAACCGGUACCGGGUUACCUUCAGACGAGUCAUGUGACACUUGUGGGGUACAUAGAGCAAAACGGAGAACACCGUCAUAUUCGUGAGAAUCUCCCCUUUUCACAGUUUGUAGGUCAAACCCUUCGGACACUACCAAAUAGAAGUUGGCACAUCCACAGUACCGACUUAAGACGAGUCUCCUGACACUUGUGGGGGUUGUAGAGCAAAACGGAGAACACCAUUGUGUUCGUGAGUGUCUCAUCUUUCCAUAGUUUGUAGGUGAAACCAUUCGGACGCACACUGCAUACGUUUUCAUGAAAAGACCAAUUUUCGGGAUGUCUCAUGGUGUGACAAACACAGCUCUAGCUCUGCCACCUUUCAAAGCAGAUGCGGUAGUGCGGUAGUGUGUUGGAUUGAGACGUAUCCAAUGCAAAAAAACAGAUAUCUCUAGCUUAAAUUGACAGAUUUUAAUGUGGAUUUUUUUGUUAUGUAACUUAGACUGACGCACUGGCGCGUCAAUCGACUCCCAGGGGUUAAUUAACUGUAUAUAUUCAAGAUUGUAUUUAUAGUCAAGUUUAUAUUCAUAUAAUCAGACCUUUAUUGAUUGAUUCAAUCUUCUGCACUGCCAAAUUCCUGUCUGGCGCCCUGUACCAUUUUCUCUGAAGGUUGUAAUAGAGUUGAAUAACUGACACUUAUCGUAACGGUAAGGAUAGUUACUAAGAUUAAUUCUGUCACUUUAAGCAGAGCAUCGCCUUCAGAAAAUGAAUUGGGCUGCCUGUCAGGCCGGUGAAUCUGAACGGAGCUGAACAGGGCUUUGUACAUUCAUCUGGCUGCCUAAGCUGUCUACACUUAUGUUUGACCUUGGAGGGUUUAAUGUCCUUUCAGCAGGUUUGGCUCUUCCUCUAUCCUUCCAUGUGUUUGGCUGGCAGAAAUAUUCCACUUCAAAUGGUUCUAUGCUUUCAAUAAAAAAGUGUAUCAAUGAUAAAUAAGAUCAGUCUUAAACAACAUUGUGUGAUAAGGUUCAUGCUACUUGCCUUUUGGAAAAUGUAACUUUCUGCUGCUACUGCUACUAUUGCUAUUGUUGCUUCUACUGCUGUACAACCACACAUUGCAAUCUUCAGAGAACGGAUGUUUUUUAUUAAGUUGGCAGAGGAUUGGAAAAUAUAAUGACUAAAUAUUUUUAGUCAAGAUGUAUUAAAUGGGCAGGCAGGUAUGACAGUAUGAUUCAUACUUGACUCAUUCCAAGCUAGUAGUCUGCCAAGGAUGAUACAUAAAUACUGUACAUACAUGUAGAUGAACUUAAUCAAUAGCUGUAUAGAUGGGGAAUACACAAUGUAUACUAAUGCAUAAUAUGUCCUUCGCUUAUGCUGUAGCACGUCCGGGUCUGCCCGGGUUCUGAAUGAUUUCAUUUGGUUGGGAUUAAGCUGCUUCUCCCAACAGUGAGAUAUUUAAUCUGAGAGUUCAACCUCGGUGCCCGAAUGGAAUCAGAUGAUGGCCAGCCAGGGAUUACAGGAGCGGAUGAGGAAAUCAGACUUCAGAAACGACCCAUAUCCCAACGGACAUACUGUAUCAUGUUAGGGAAUACCCUUGACUAUGCACUGAAACAUACAGAUGUGCAGACUGUUUACAUUUGUCUGAUUUCACACUCAGUACAUAUCAGCAUCAGAGGAAUUUCUUUGUGUUGCUAUGAGAAUUAUCAGACUGUACUGUGCCCUCCCCCGACAAUCCAUCUGGAGCCUAUGGCUAGCGACUGCCCUGGAUUAUCAACAGACAAAUUGAAUGCCAGCAUUUUGGCAGUACUCUUGCAUUCUAUUAUUAACUUAAAAUAACUUUUAUGGGAUCAAAAUCCAAUGUACCAGAUUGUGCAGAGUCAUGGUUCAUAUUUGAGCUGCGUCAUUCAUGUAAAAUCUGUGAUACCCACAAUUAAGACUGGUUUGAAUGUAAUUUAAUCUCUUAAAUCCUGGUAGUCUAAAAACUAAAACUAAAAUAGGAUUGAACCGCCCUUCCACGGUUGUUUCAAAUUGUAGUAUUUUCCUUCUCUAAGUAUUUACCGUAUUUAGUAGAAUUACCAGUAGAAUUCAGACAUUUACAUCCAGUUUAUCCCCCACAACAAUAAAUGCAGAUUGUGUUUUAUUGUAUGUUAGUGUGUUAACUCAAUGCAAUUGUUUUUUUUUGUGUUGCAGUGUGGAGCUGGACUUCAAGCAGCAGGAGGACAAAUUACAGCCCCUGAUUAAGAGACUGUGCCCCUUGGACGACCCUCAAUACCCUGCUCUGCCUUACCCCCACGAGGUGUUCACCUCAACCCCCAAACGCAAGUCCAAGACAGAGUCCAAAAAGCAUGGUCGCUGGAAACUCUGGUUCCUU